GGGACCCGGAAAAAUCCCCAGUUUGAACCAGGAUUCGAACCUUGGACACAGCGGGAAGGUUUCCAGCAUGGGGAAAUCGUUGGUGUUACUGUGCACGAUUUUCGUUUACGGAACCAGUGAAUUGUACGCCGCCAAGCUUGGCAAAGACCUUGCGCAAAGGUUCAUACCGGGUGACGACUACUCUGGCUCCUUUUCCGGUGCCUAUUUCGGUUCCGGUUCCGGUUCCGGUAGCGGUUCCAAUAGCGGUUCAGGUAGCGGUGCUGCCGCAGACUUAGAAGAUCCACAGACACCAUUAACUCACCUCAGACCCCUUGAAAUCCUGGUUCCAAGCAAGAACUUGAAGGUUUCUGUUAACCCCAACAACAUUAGCUUACCAAUAAACAUUACACAUGUGCCAAAUGGAACAGCUGGCAUCUCAGUUAUUAAACCGGUGACGAGAGUACAACCCCAGAUCCUACGCGGUCCCUCACAAUCGGUGGUUAAUCCUUCACCAAUUGUCAGUGCCCCUGUUGAGCCAUCUCCAGUCGUCGCAUCCAUCUCUUUUAAGCCCUCUGCGGCAGGUGCAUCCGUACCUACAGCACCACCAGUCCCAGUGGUAUCCGCCAAUUUCUCUUCUUCCGUUGUGGUUGCUUCUGCUCUAGUUGCACCGUCCGUCGUAGCUUCCCCCAUUUCAAGCGAACCAUCAGUCAAACUUGGCUCUACUUCUGCUGCAUCGUCAGUUGUCGUUGCCGCCACACCAUCAACGUCAUUAGUUCCAGCUACCUUUGUCCCUUCCCUACCGUCAGUUGCAUCUGCCCCUACCCUUACCACACCGUCAGUGGUUGCUUCAUCGAUUGCGACCCUAGUGAACAAGACAGUUGUUGCCACUUUGAAAACUUUGGCUCCGGUUGUGGUGGUUUCUCGAGGUGUUUCGGUUUCGCCGUCUUCCUCCUCUAUAAGGACACCAGUCUCCAUAGCUGUCCGUGACCAUGACCUUCUUGUGAACCCAAGUGAUGUUUAUAAGGGAAUAGCACCCUCUCGAGACGACAAAGCGAAAAAUGAGAAAGAAGACCAUCAUCUUCAACUUAAAAAUCAACAUGAGCGAAAAAAUAGCCAUCAAACAAACGACCAUAAAUAUCACAAAACGCAAAAUAAAAGUCACAACAAGGGAGAAAAUGUUGAGACCCAUCAACCAAAGAAAAAUAAUAUGCACGAAGAAAAAGAUGUUUCUCUAAAUAUUCAGAGCGAUACUCCAGCAGCGAAGGUAAGGGAAAAUGACUUGAAGAGCGACAACAAGAAGGAUAUGGAACAAGGAGGCAGCACUGAGAAACCUUUUGCAUUGGUGAUGGAAGCAGAGAGGGAACAUGCGAGGGCUAAACCGGCACCAGUGCAAGAUAAAAACGAGGCUAAAAUUACAACGGAGCAUGUGAGACUUACUCCAGUACCUGGGAUAGUCGUGAAGAUCGAAAGCAUGGUGGAUAAACCUCAAUUUGUUAAGUUACCAAGUCCUCCUAAUACCGCUGACCCAUCGCUUACUCAUGAGGACAUCAGUAGAGAGAUGAACAAUAUCGAAAAGGCAGACAAGGAGUUGAAGAGAGCGCGGGAGAGGAGCGAAAGUCCCAUUGAGUACGUUGACAGCACAAAACCAGAUUCAAGUAAUGAAGAUGCCGCAGCUGUAGCGACCGAAGAACCGACGAACAUUUCGCGUGAAGAAGAAGCAAGUGGAAAAGACGAAAUUAAAAAACACCGCCAUCACCAUCACCAUCAUCACCAUCGCAGUAAGAAAGACAGACGCCACAGAAACACGAAAACGCACCACGCAAAACAUCUUAAAGGUCACUCAGCAAGAAAAUAUCGCAAAGAAAACAAUGAUGCUGAAACAUUGGAAGAGGCUGUCGAGAAGGAUGCUCGGAAGAAUGACAUUGAUGGAAACGAUAACGCGGAGCGAUUAACCACUGCAGUCACCAAGAAGGAAUUGCAAAGUGAUCUUCAGAAAUCAGAAGAGGAAGUUAAGCAGGACACGAAUACUGAAGUAAAUGACCCUCGACAAAAUCGUGGUAGGCAUCAUCAUCGACGACGUCACAAUAAGAAGAACAGGAAACAUCGUAAAAGUAAGAAGAAUAAAAAUCACCGAAGAAGGCAUUCAGCACAUGAGCACCGAAAAGACAACGACAAGGAUGCUUCAUUGGAGAAAAUAUUCGAGAUGGACGCCAAAAAAGAACAGGAAAAUGGAAAUACCAACGAUGAGGAAGAACUGGAGGAUAUGUCAAUGGCGGAGAGACCAGGAUCACAAAGUGAUAAUGAGUUGAAUAGGCCCCCCCAAGAUCGCCAUAGACGCCAUCACCAUCGUCGCCGCCAUCACAACAACAAACACCGAAAGCAUAGUCGAGAACAUUCGAGAAGAAGGCAUCAACGCAAACACCAUAAAGAAAACGAUGCACAAGAAACGUUGGAAGAGAUUUUCGAGGAUGACGCUCGCGAUGAGAAAGAGAAUGUCGACGAGCUUGUGAAUGGGGGCGGAAUGAUGGAACAUGAAUUACAAAGUGAUUCGCAGAUAUCACAAGAAACGGGCGCUCGGGAAAACGACCCUGGGAAAAAACAUAAACAUCGACAUCGCCGACACCAUCAUCAUCGCCGUCAACACAACAGGAAGCUUAAAAAGCAUCGAAGGAAACAUUCGGCUCGAAAACACGAGCGAAGGCUUCGUAAAGGAAGCGAUAAGCCAGAAUCUAUGGAAGAAAUUUUCGAAGAGGAUGAAAUGGAUGAAAACAAUGGCGAUGAAGAAUCAGAAGACGUAGGUAACAUGAAGAAAGAAGAAGCGGAAAAUGGUCUGAAACAAGUACUACAACACACGAAUGAGUUAAAUGACCCAAGCCGGAAUAGUCGCAGAGAGCAGAACAAGAGAAAAAAGGCCAAGAAAGGCAAGCAGGUUGGGCAGAACAAUACAAAGAGCAAGAAAAGGAAGAUGAGGAAGAAUGCGAAAAGGAAUAAUAACAAGAAGGGUGUUCAUUAUAGAAAAGCACGGGGCCGAAAACAUCACAACAACCACAGUUUACAGACAAAAAGGAAAAAACAGAGGAAAAACAGGAAGGGGAAUAAAAAUGAUGAGUGAAAAUAAAUGCUGAAAUAAAAUGAAAUAAGUCGAUUUUGGCAAAGAUGACAAAUAGCGUAAUAUUUAUUUCAACUGAUUUCAUUAUAAGAGAAUAAUUGGAAUUUAAGGCAAAGCAAAGGAGAU